AUGACCAGCAAGAUCACCAGCACCUACAACGAGACCAUGGGAGGCGCCAAGGAGAAGCUCGGCCACGCCACCCACAACCAGCACUUGGCCGGAUCCGGAGCCGCCCAGAAGGCCGAGGGCCAAGUCCAGCAGCAGAACCAUAAGGCCCAGACCCACGGACUCGGACACAACGUCCAAGGCGGUACUCAGAUGGCCCCCGGUACUCAGAUGGCUUCCGGUAAUCAGACGGCUCCUGGUACUCAUAUGGCUCCUGGUACUCAAAUGGCUUCCGGUAAUCAGACGGCUCAUGGUACUCAGAUGGCUCCUGGUACUCAGAUGGCUCCCGGUACCGGCAUCAACGACCAGUCCCUCAACGCCCGCGGACACGGACACGGCAACAAUCCCCUCAGUGACGUCCAGCGCAACUACUAA